UAUCGCAUUCAUUAUAACAUUAUUAUUCAAGUAUCUGUGUACGUUGGCCUUAAGAACAGGAAAGUAAAUAGUUGUGACGAGUCAACAUAUUUUUUUUAUUAGUUCGUUAGCGAUUAAUUUUAAUGACAGUUGGAGUUAACUCCAUUUUAAGUUUAUAUCUGUGCGUGAAGUAACGUUGUGUGUGUCGAGUUAAUUCGACGGAAUAUUAAUAACUUUCAGAUAAUGACAAACAAGAAGAAACCAAACAAUAUUAUGUAUCAAGAGUCAAUGUCCACCGGUAAACGUGUGACCUUCGUAGUGAUUGGAUUGUUGCUUAUAGUUACAUCAAUCGUGUCCUUUCUCAUCGAUCCGAUACACAUAAUUAUGAGAUAUAAAACAAGAAUUACUAAAGACUCGAUGCUGUACGAAGUACUUCAGAAGCCAAAUCUCCCAGGAGCAUACGUGCAGGCCUACCUCUUCAAUAUCACUAACGCUGAUCUGUUUCUAGCGGGAAUCGAUAAUAAAUUGAAGAUUGAAGAAGUCGGACCAUUUACAUACCAGGAAUAUCGCACAAAUGCCGAUUUGGAGUUGGAUGAAGAACUGGGAGUAUUGAGGUAUUCUCCAAAGCUCUUUCCCCGAUAUGUUCCUGAGAAGUCAGUGGCGGAUCCGAAAGACGUACACCUCACACUUCCAAACAUUGCCAUGUUGGCUAUAGCAUCAAUGGUGUCCAAAUCUGCAUUUUUAACGAGAGUUGGGUUCAAUAUGCUUGCCAAACAACUGGAAUCCGAACCAAUUCUGAAGAUAUCUGCUCAUGAGUUCCUGUGGGGUUUUGAUGAACCCCUAAUCAACUUUGGUCAUAAGGUCAUGCCUGGUGUCAUUAAAUUCGAGAAAAUGGGAUUAUUAGAUAGACUGUACGACAUCGAUGACUUCAGGUUUGAAGUGGGAGCAACAACUCAAGACAAAUUCAAAAUUAAAACCUAUAACGGUGAAGCCGGACUCACACCACUGGGCUAUGAUGUUGAACCGUCCCGCUGUAACACCUUCGAAGAUGCAUACGAGGGUAUCAUAUACCCACCAGACCUCACGGAAGAGACACCCCUUCGUCUGUACCGCAACGUGUUUUGCCGGAUCUUCAACCUUCAAUAUCGAGACACCAGGACUAUGGACUAUGGCCCAGAGGUCUUCCACUACACCUUCAGUGACGAUUCCUACUCAAAUAAUACUGAUAACAUAUGUCUUUGCAAGAAUGAGGACUGUGUUAAUGGCGUCUCUGAUAUAUCUCCAUGUUUCUUCGGUCUUAGUUUUGUGCUGUCAAAUGCGCAUUUUUUGAAUGCCGACCCCGCACUUUACGAACGGAUUGAGGGCAUAGAACCUGAUGAGGAACUUCAUGGCAGUGAUGUACUGGUCGAUCCGAAACUUGGCGCAGUCUUGGGUACAAAAUUAACUUUACAAUUGAACGUGCAAGUUGCUAAUGUUAACUUCAACUCAGCAACGAGUCCCUUCUCUGACAUGAUAAUACCUGCAGCGUACUUCAAAAUCGAACAAGAAGAUCUGGAUGAGAAACGCAAAAGCAACCUGUGGCUGGUCUACGGCAUUUUGCCUCAUGUAAUGCACACCGCAGAGGCUGUCUUCUUCAUCAUAGGAUCUGUUCUACUAGCACUUGUUUUUAAAUCCUUUCUACCUCCGUUACACAUGGAAAGAAUAAAUUUGCACGAUUUUACGCAAGCACAACCUCUUUUCAAUGAUAAGUACAAAAAAAAUAUUAAAAUAGAUAGUCAUUAAAUGGUAAUAAUAUAUAUGUGGGAAUAUGCAAUGAUAUUCUACCUAUAAAUACACAUGAUACGGGAGUUAAAGGGUAUAUGAUCUCUUUACGUAAGUAAGUUUUAUAAUAAUUUUCACAUUUAUUUAUUUUAUUUUGUAUAUAUAAUUCAGCUGAUAAAACAUCGCCGGAUUUACAGAGAUUAUAUAUUCCGGCUAGCUAAAGUAGUAUUUUUUUAGGUUUUUACCAAUACAUGUAAAGUACCAGUUCCUUUUCUUAUAAAUGUGUGAUUAUUUUUCUAUAAUUAAUCAUUUAAGACCAAGUCACUAAAUUUUAUUUAGUAAAUAGAUUGUAUUUAAGUUAUUUAAUGAUAAUAAUAAAACUGCAUAAUAUAUAAUAAUUAUA